AUGGCUGACGGAGCAAAGAAUAUUGCAAAGCCGGAGUCCCCGACUACCGCCCGCCCUCUUGAUUUCGAUGACGAACCUCUAGAAACUGGGGUGAUUUCGGCUUCUAGAUCUUCAAAUAAUGAGACCCCUCCACAAAAGCCUCCGCGGCCCCUGAGCCCCCAACAAGAGGCCGAGAACACAUUGAAGGAAGCAUUUCCAAGCAUUGAUGCUAGCGUGGUCAAGGCAGUUGUGGUUGCAAGCGGUGGAAAUGUCGACAGGGCUUUUCAUGCCCUGCUGGGGAUGUCUGACCCGGAUGCGCAAAUCGAACCCCCUCCUCCCCCAAAGCCACCCCGCCCCACAAUGGCUACCUCUACAACUCAAAGCCAGCUUGAGCAGGAUGAAAUGUAUGCCCGCCAGCUAGAAGAACAUUACAAUAGCUCUGAACGGCAUCGCGGUCAACCCGGAUCUGCAUGGGAUAACGAGCCCCACCUGCCACGCCGGCACACAGAAACAGGUCUAAAGCCAAAUGAAUUGUAUGAUGAUCGAGAGCGCAGUUUUAUCGAUGAUGACCUUCCUGUUAUUAAAGAGAAUAUCCGCAAGGGAUUUCUAGAGACUCAAACAAGAGUGAAUACAUGGAUGCAAACUUUGAAGAAAAAGCUUGAGGGCGACGAAGACGAAGACGAAUAUUAUCGUCAACAAAGCCAGCAGAAUCAGCAACGUCUUCAGCGACCUGGCGAACCACAAACCCCUGGACUCAGGCGCAGUGGGGAGGCUCGUCGCAGUGCGGACCGGGAACGAUAUGAUGCGGACCCUCGAGUAUUGAGCGACGAUUUUGCUACUUUAGAGCUAAGGGACUCUGACGCCCCCCAAAACCGUCCACCCCGACCUACAGCCAACCCAGAUCUCUUCAAAGCCAAAUCCCCUUCUCCGGACCGACGGAAAGUUUCAUUCCAAGAAGGCCCGCCUGAAGAAAUUACGGAUUCGCAUCCUCCACGAACAAGCUCCCACCGUACUCCCCAGUCGGGAAGCAAAACAAGCAAAUGGCAGCCCCUUGCAACUGUAGAUCCAUCUCCGGUUGCGGACCAUGACCCAUUCAGUCUUGGAGAUUCUGAAGACGAGAAGGACGCCAAAAAACAGGAUUUAAAGCCGGAAGAGACUGCGCAGGUGAAAAAGGCGACAGCGGAAGCUAUGGGCUCUAGCAUCGCACCGAACGGGGAUACCAGCAAAAAGGAUAAGGCUCCUGGUGGUUCGUAA